UGGAAACAAACAAGAGGUGCUUUUCAAAGGAACAAGAAAAUGGAUUUACACACGAGAAUCAUGAAGAAAAACUAUAGGGAAGUUCCCAUGUGGUGGUUUUAUGUGAUCCUCGUACUUAACAUUGCGCUCAUCAUGUUCAUCUCUUUCUACUACAAUGCAACCGUGCAGCUACCUUGGUGGGGAGUGUUGCUAGCUUGUGCCAUUGCCGUCUUCUUCACUCCUCUUAUUGGUGUUAUCGUAGCCACCACUAAUCAGGCACCGGGUUUGAACGUCAUUACGGAAUAUGUAAUCGGGUAUAUCUAUCCAGAACGUCCGGUUGCGAACAUGUGCUUCAAAGUGUAUGGAUACAUCAGCAUGACUCAGGCUCUAACAUUCAUCCAAGACUUCAAACUCGGUCUCUACAUGAAGAUCCCUCCUAGAAGCAUGUUCAUGGCACAGGUGGUUGGGACGCUUGUGGCAGUGAUAGUGUACACAGGAACUGCUUGGUGGUUAAUGGUAGACAUUCCUCAUCUAUGUGACAAAUCUUUGCUUCCUCCAGAUAGCGAAUGGACCUGUCCGAUGGACCGUGUCUUCUUCGAUGCUUCUGUGAUUUGGGGACUUGUGGGACCACGUAGAAUGUUCGGUGACUUAGGGGAAUACUCAGCCAUAAAUUGGUUCUUCCUCGUAGGUGCAAUUUGUCCUUUCUUUGUCUGGCUAGCGACCAAAGCGUUUCCAGCUCACAAAUGGAUCUCGAAGAUCCAUUUUCCAGUCAUUUUAGGAGCAACCUCCAUGAUGCCACCCGCGAUGGCGGUUAACUUCACGAGUUGGUGUAUUGUGGCAUUUGUGUUUGGACACUUUUUGUUUAAGUACAAGAGAGAGUGGUGGAAAAAGUAUAACUACGUUCUUUCAGGCGGUUUAGACGCGGGAACUGCUUUUAUGACAAUACUGAUAUUCCUAUCGCUUGGACGCAAAGGAAUUGGAUUGUUAUGGUGGGGAAACGCUGAUGAUAGCACAAACUGUAGCCUCGCCUCUUGUCCUACCGCUAAAGGCGUAAUGAUGCAUGGAUGUCCUGUUUUCUGACCUUGUCACUUAAAUACAAACCCCUUUGAUUAGAUUUUCUUUCGGAACUAGUUUUUUUUUUUAAAUAUAAAUUUGUUUUGUACAUAACUCUACAA